AUCGCGCUCGGACAAGCAGCGACCGCGUCGGACAAAUAUUUUUUUGGAAAGGUGCCAUUGACUGCAUAUGCCAACACCCAGCUCGACCUGGGUCGUCCACCUGAGCUAUGCGAGGCUUGCCGCCAGUCCUCUUAGCAGAAGUGCGUUAUGCUUUUCAGGUCUGUAGCAGACAACAUGCGACCACACGAAGAACCGAAUUUAGCACAUGCCCGCCACUAUUCAAGAAGUCACAAAAGAGCAAGAAGAACAACCUGCCUAUUCAGGUGAUACACAGUCAGAAGUUGCAAGCGCAGAAGCAAAGAGACGAUGCCUCAACACCAGUCCCACAGCAGCCGGACGCUGGAACCGAGCUUGUACCGAGUCAAAAGCAGGAGACCUCGCUCGACACCGAGCGCAAGGUGGAAGUACCAUUGAAGGUCAUUCCCAAGGCUGAACUUACUCCAAACUUGACGCUCUCGCCAAAGGAACGGUUGCAUAUCGAGCAACUGACACGGCGAAUGCCGCCUCGGCCGGAGCCAAAAGUAUACAAGAGGAGGAUACGGAUAUACAGCUUAGGGAAUGCCCGGAUCUACAUGAUGACCUUCUUACGCUUCACUGCCAUCGCGGUGCUCGGUUUCGUCACCGUCAUCGUCGCACCAGCUCACUGGGUCAACGGCAGCUCCUUCUGGGUCGUCGCCGGCUUAUGGUUGGCAGGUUUCGUUCCAUUCGUCUUCAUCAACUGGACUCUGAGGCCAAUGGUGACAGAGGUCUUCCUACGACUUCCCCAGUCAGCGCAACAUUCUCCUAAGGCGGCUAUGGAAUAUGCAAAGAGCUUGCCCCUCGAUGCCACACUCGAGAUGAGGUUCACGCGGGCUACGUGUCUGACUGACGUAGUGUCCCCAAGACUUGCUCACACUAGACCUUCACAAAGCUCCUUGAGGCCCGUCACCUUCGAAUGGAUAGGGCCAUUGGUCGAACACGGUCAUUUCCUGCGACCUAAUCCGAGUCAAUUCUAUGUACGGCCAGAAUCAGCAACCGGCAGAGCAGCCAUGGAUGUCACUCCUGGCAUAUGGAGCAAGGUCUAUGAGCGACUGACAGGAAUCGAAAGUGGUACGCUGGCUAAAUGGCGGCGGUGACGUGGCGGCCACCUGUAACGUUGAGACGGUUUUCAUCCAGGAGCACGAACCGACAACCACUGUGAGUAUGACGUUGGGACCGAGGCGGACAUCGCUUCUAUGUGAGGUCUAGUAUCUGCCCGAGACAAAACAGGGGGUCAGGCAGUAAGUGGAGAAAGAUCGUUUGAUGCGGCGGAGGUCGUCAAGUUGACUGGGACAUCUCUUGCCGUUGCCCAUGAGCGCCGCCCGGCGGCCAAAGGGACACAGACUCCUAAAUUUUUGACCU